AUGCCUCGAGAGGGCUCGCAGUCACCCUCUUCAGAUCGACCAAUAUCCCCAACCCGAGAGGAGAGAAGGCGCAGUCGGUCGCCGCGCCGAGAAGGAAACCGUCGUCGGCUGAAUGGAGGUUUCAAAUGGAAGGAAAAGCGGCGGACGGAUGAGGGAGAACAGAGUAGGAACAGAAAUGGUCGUUUAGACAGGGGCUACAAGGACCAUUACCGCGCUCGAUCACCUCAGCGGAAUCGAGACCAAGACGAUCCUGACCAGCAGUCAAAUAAGGAUACAGAGCUACCAUCAAAGGAGAAGAAGGAAAGGAAAGAGAAAAAACAGAAGAAGACGACAGCUAUACCAGCAGCAGGAGAAGCCAUGAUCAUCGUCAACGUCAACGAUCGGUUGGGUACAAAAGCUGCAAUUCCAUGUUACGCAUCAGAUCCGAUCAAACUCUUCAAGGCUCAAGUAGCAGCCAAGAUAGGGCGCGAACCUCACGAAAUACUGCUUAAGCGGCAGGGGGAGCGGCCUUUCAAGGAUCAGCUUACUUUGGAAGACUAUGGGGUAAGCAACGGAGUACAAUUGGAUCUGGAAGUGGAUACUGGCGAUUGA